AUGUCGUCUCCACCCCGCUUCGGCUUUGAUGUCCUCACGGACUCCAAGCCCAACGACAACUCCCUGCCGGCAUUCAUGGUCUCCACCACCCGUGGUUUCCUGCCGCGCCAGGACCCUGUCGUCAAGCUGCCUGCCGACUUUGACCCACUCGAGUCCAUCCUCUCCCGCAUGCCAAUCAAGACACUCUCAGGUGCUCCGGGCCUGUUGGCCAGCUUCCAGCUCGGCCCUACCGUCCACAAGGAGUUGCCUGACUUGUCGAAUGCGGUUGAGAAGUACAAGGACAACCUGCCCUUGAUGAAUGCACUGUACCGCGACUACUCCUUCCUGGCCUCGGCGUACCUCCUUGAGCCCUGCCAUGAGCGCUUCAUGCGCGGCGAGCUCUACGGACUCGGUCGUCAAAGCCUCCCAAGCAACAUCGCACUUCCUAUCACCAAGGUUGCUAAGUUCGCUGGUUUCAUGCCAUUCAUGGAGUACGCAGGCUCCUAUGCACUGUUCAACUAUCGUCUGGAGAACCCGGCUCUGGGUCUCGAGUACGACAACCUUCGUCUCAUUCGUGCGUUCGAGCUCGGCUUAGACCCCACAUCUUCUGAGGCAGGUUUCGUGCUCGUGCACAUUGCUAUGGUGAAGCACUCCGGCGCUCUCGUGUCGGGUGCUGUCGAAGCUCUCAACGGCGCCCUUGGCAAGGACCGUGAGGCAUUCAACGCGGGGAUGGCGGAUCUCGUGAAAGCCAUGGAUCAGAUCAACAAGGUCAUGAACACCAUGUGGACCAAGAGCAAGCCCAGCGGCUACACCAGCUUCCGUACUUUCAUUUUCGGUAUCACUUCGCAAAGCAUGUUCCCCAAUGGCGUCAUCUACGAGGGCGUCAGUGACGAGCCCAUGUCUUUCCGUGGAGAAUCGGGUGCCAAUGACAGCAUGGUCCCGCUCUGCGACAACCUCCUGCAAAUUGCCAUGCCUCAGACUCCCCUUACAGAUAUCUUGAAGGACUUCCGCCAGUACAGACCUGGCAACCACCGCGACUUCCUCGAGGCUGUCAAGGACUACUCGGAGAUGGCGAACCUCAAGGAGUACGCCAUGUCUGACCCUACGUCUGCCUCGCUGUACCUGCGCGCUCUGGACCAGGUUCGCGACUUCCGUUGGCGUCACUGGUGCUUCACUCGCGAGUAUAUCCUGAAGAACACUUCACACCCCACGGCUACUGGCGGCAGCCCUAUUGUUACUUGGCUCCCCAACCAGCUACAGGCGGUCAUGGCCAACAUGGUUGAGGCCUACGACUUCUGCAAGGACGUUCCCGGCACCGGCGACAUAAUGGACGUCGUGCGCUCGCAGCAAGACACUCUGGCCAAGGAGGUUGCGAAGUACUGCGCCGAGCGCAGCGCUUCAUAA